UCCGGUGUCAUGGCACCAAAAUGCCAGCCCCUAGCACAUUGUGGAGAGGAUCCUAGCUGGAUGAGCUGCUUUCUGUGACUUCUACAAGCUACAGCCUGUAUAGGAAAGACUCUAGGAGACCCUCAAGCUGCGCAAUGGAGUCAGUGACCUUUGAGGAUGUGACUGUGAAAUUCACCAGUGAGGAGUGGACUUUGCUGAGUGCAUCCCAAAAGAAGCUCUAUAGAGAUGUGAUGGAGGAAACCUUUCAGAACAUUGUGACUAUGGGAAGACUCUUGGAAUACCAAAAGGUGGAAGAAGAUUGCAAUAACUACUUCAAAAUUCUAAGAAAUGAAGACACUGAGAAAUGCCAUCAAUAUAAAGGUUGGAAUCAGCAUAAAGAAUGUUUCCUCUGCACUAAAGAUGCUAAUGUCCAUAUGAAACCACAGGGUUUAAAACCAGUUGAAAGUCUUUCUUGUAGAAAGCUUUUGAUUCAGCCUUUUUCACUAAAUAUGCCCUUCAGAGUUCACACUGAAUUAAAGCCAGAUGAGUAUUUUGAAGUUAAAGGGAAGCAGUUUAAAUGUAAUGAAACUAGAAAAAACUUUUACGAUUUGCAAUCAUUUCAGAAUCAUGCAAGGACAGAGGCUUACAAGAAACCAUGUGAACAUGAUCAGUGUGAAAAAUCCUGCUCUGGUCUUAGGGAAAGAACUUGUCUUAGAGACAAUACAUUUGUGUGUCCAAAAAAUUUGGAUGCCUCCAGUAAACCCAAUGAUGUUCAGAUGAAUCAGACAAUUGACAGUACAGUGAGCACCUCUGCAUGUAAGCAAUGUGGAAAAGCUUUAAGCACAUAUACUAUUUCUCAACAACAUGAAGGAAGUGAGAUGGAGGAGAAAAAGUAUGUAUGUAAGCAAUGUGUAAAAGGUUUCAGGAAAAAUAGCCAUUAUCAAAAACAAGAAAGAACUCACACUGUUGAGAAGUACUAUGUAUGUAAGCAAUGUGGGAGAGCUUUCAGUACACAGGGGUUUUGUAAAAGACAUGAAAGAACUCACACUGAUGAGAAAAUUUAUGUAUGUAAGCAAUGUGAGAAAGCUUUCACUACCCAGAGCAAUUGUAAAAGACAUGAAAGAUCUCACACUGGUGAGAAACCUUAUGUAUGUAAGCAAUGUGGGAGAGCAUUCAGUACACAGGGGAAUUGUAAACUACAUGAAAAAUCUCAUACUGGUGAGCAACCUUAUGUAUGUAAGCAAUGUGGGAAAGGUUUCAGCACACAGAGCAAUUGUAAUACACAUGAAAGAACUCACACUGGUGAGAAGCCUUGUGUAUGUAAGCAAUGUGGGAAAGCUUUCAGCACACAGAGUUGUUGUAAAAUACAUGAAAGAUCUCACACAGGUGAGAAACCAUAUGUAUGUAAGCAAUGUGGGAAAGCUUUCAGUACACAGUGGCAUUGUAAAAGACAUGAAAGUACUCACACUGGUGAGAAAACUUACUUAUGUAAUCAAUGUGGAAAACAUUUCAGCACACAGAGUUACUGUAAACUUCAUGAAAGAAUUCACACUGGAGAGAAACCUUAUGUAUGCAAGCAUUGUGGGAAAGGCUUCAGUACACAAGAAUGUUGUAAAACACAUGAAAGGACUCACACUGGAGAGAAACCUUAUGUAUGUAAGGAAUGUGGGAAAGCUUUCAGUACACAGAGGAAUUGUAAAAGACAUGAAAGAUCUCAUACUGGUGAGAAACUGUAUGUGUGUAAGCAAUGUGGGAAAGCUUUCAGUACACAGAGGAAUCAUAAAAGACAUGAAACAACUCACACUGGUGAGAAACCUCAUGUAUGUAAGCAAUGUGGGAAAGCAUUCAGUACAAAGAGGAAUUGUAAAACACAUGAAAGAGCUCACACUGGUGAGAAACCUUAUGUAUGUAAGCAAUGUGGAAAAGCUUUCAGUACACCGAGUUAUUGUAAACUACAUGAAAGAACUCACACUGGUGAGCAACUUUAUGUAUGUAAGCAAUAUGGGAAAGCUUUCAGCACACAAAGCUAUUGUAAACUACAUGAAAGAUUUCACACUGGUGUGAAACCUCAUGUAUGUAAUCAAUGUGGGAAAGCUUUUAGUACACAAGGGCAUUGUAGAAGACAUGAAAGUACUCACACUGGUGAGAAACCUUAUGUGUGUAAGCAAUGUGGAAAAGCUUUCACUAGACAAGGAAGUUGUAAGCUACAUGAAAAAUCUCACACUGGUGAGAAACCUUAUGUAUGUAAGCAAUGUGGGAAAGCUUUCAGCACACAGAGCUAUUGUAAGCUACAUGAAAGAUCUCACAUUGGUGAGAAACCUUAUUUAUGUAAGCAAUGUGGGAAAGGUUUCAGCACACAGAGCUAUUGUAAACUACAUGAAAGAUCUCACACUUUUGAGAAACCUUAUAUAUGUAAGCAAUGUGGAAAAGCUUUCACUACACAGGGGAAUUGUAAAAGGCAUGAAAGAUCUCAUACUGGUGGGAAACCUUAUGUAUAUAAGCAAUGUGGGAAAGCUUCCAGUACACAGAAUUAUUGUAAACUACAUGAAAGAUUUCAUGCUGGAGAGAAAACUUAUGUAUGUAAAAAAUAUGAAAAAGCAUUCAUCACAUUUGCCAUGUCUAAAAGACAUGAGAGAAAUCAACCUGCACAAAAACCUUAAAUAUGUAAGGAGUGUGGGAAAGUUUUCAGCAUGUAGCCAUGAAUACUGUGGAAUUCAUAAAAAUUCACACUGGAGAUAAAACUUAUGUAUCUAAGCAGUUUGGUAAACCUUUCAGCACAUGUCGGUAUUGUCAAAAUCAUGAAAGAAUUCACACUGGAGAGAAACCCUAUGUAUGAAAGAAAUGUGGGGAAGCUUUCAGCAGAAACAGUUAUUGUCAAAGACAUGAAAAGACAAUAGAAAGAAACUGCACAUGUGUGCAAUUUGGAAAGGUUUGCAGUAUACAUAUUUAUUGUCAAAUCUGCCAAAGAAGCCAUAGUGUAAAAACCCUAUGUAUGCAAGCAAUGUAGAAAGAAAUUUUCUAAGUCUUCAUUACACAGACAUUAAGAAAUUCAUUGGGGAGGAUGCCUAUGUCAUAAACAAUGUGCAAGAAGAUUCAGUGCACAUGUUAAGUACAUGACUAUAUAUAUGUUAUGUCAAGUCAAAAAGCAUCACUGGGAAACAAAUAUGUAAGCCUAUGUUGAAAAUCUCAUUAGGAUGUUUCAUUUAGUGAAAUUCUGUAGAAAUAAUAUAAACUUUUAUGUCAGUGCUUUCUGACAAAUAUUCCAAAGAAAUCAAAUCCCAGAUGAAGGUAUAACAAACUACAUACAUUCAUUUGUAGAUUGUUUAUGUGCACUAUUUUAAAAUGUUGAGCUGCCAGAAUGAGAUAUUUUUAUUUGAGUGUCUGAGCUUAGUCUGUGAAGUCUUAAUUAAGCAUGAUUGAUCAAGAUGUAUUUUUUACUGUAAAGUACCGUUAGGGUUUGUGCUGUUUUAUCUUAUCCUUAAUUUUGGGAGGAAUAGGCCAUUAAAAAUCUUACUUUUGUAGUUUUUACUAAUACAGUUUUGCACUAUUUUGCUCUUUAGUUUCUAUGUGGGUUUUCUGUAUUCUGUGUAACAAAGGAUAUUUUUAAUUUGAUGCUAUAUUUUCUAUUGAUAUCUAUUUUGAAAGACUUGUCAACAUCGGUUUUGACAAAGUUGAAUUGUGUUCUCAGGCCUUGUAGAUUAGUAAAUUUUGCUUUUCAUGUGGCAUGACAAGAUCCCUGCUUGUAUAACAACCUCACUCUAUAUUGUGUCAUGUACAUAUCUUGCAUACUUUUCUUUCAAUUCAUUCAGUUCCAUAAAGUUUUAUUUUUUCACAGAAAAUUUUUCACGGUUACAUUGCUUAAUUUACUUCACUGGUGUUUUUAAAAAACAAGUACAAAACCAUGCUGCUCAGUGUUUUUCAUUGCCAUAAUCCCACUGUUGUAGAAUUCAAGAUAUCAGACCUAAAGGAUUGGGAUUUAGAUACUGGUUGGGGGCAAUCAUGGGCAUGGUAAAUGUCAGAACAAUUUAUAACAGCCUUGAAAGAAGACAGAACAUUAUGAAUCCUGUAAGAAAAAGAUGGCAUUAACUCUUCACAAUACAUAGUUGUCAAUCUUGCCUCUAGCAAAACAGCAACAAAUAGCUACAGAAGAAGAGGAAAAACUUUGUAGGAGAUUCAACUCUGUGUCCCAUUUUACCACAUGACCAUAACUUGUCUUUACAGGAAAUCACUAUUUACAGCAAUCUGUGUGGAAUAUAUAAAUUAUGCUAAAACACCCAUAACAACACUUUGAGUGGAAUGUUCAUCAUCUGUGGAACUUUUCUCAGGAGCCAAGUUGUUACUGAAUGUUAUGAGAUCAAUGCCUUUAUUGUAUUCCCUAAUGCUUCGAUGCCAAAACAUCUUUGGUAAUAAUUGUUUUUACAUAGGAAGCUAAAAUACUGGCAUGAAGAAAAAUGAAACUCCUCACAUAUAUCAAUCAACUCAUUAAAAAGAGAAAUCUCUGACAUUGUUAUUUACACUCUGUUCUUGACCAUUUUUGGAUACAUUUCUAUGAUGAUAUUUUUUAUUGAUUCCAAGGUCUUUCCUAUAGUGAUUUUUUUAUUUUUAAAGAGGGUAAAAUUAAACAGAACAAAACAGAUCAUGAGAUAACAAUGUAAGAGACACAGAUUCCAAAGCAAGCUAAGUGGAGAUCUUCAAUGUCUAUCAUAUUGUGUUGUUUUCUUCCAAAUAGUUAUCCAUAUCAUCACAUAGAAUGAAUUUAUCCAAAACAAACUAGUAUAGAACUGAUCAGAACCCAAUGAAGAAUGUGUUUUAGAUCUUCAAGACCAGAAAAUAAAGAAGUCAACAAUG